GGACCAGGGAAGAGAGCCAUUAAUUAUAAAUAAGGAGAAAGGUGAGGGGCUUCUUUGCAAAGGGUGAGAAAAAAGACGAUCGUGUUCUUAUUCUGGAGAUAGCACAGGCUUUCCCGAUUUCAACAAAAAGCAUCAGAAAGAACCUAAGCAGAGAAGCAAGAUAGAGAAGCGAACAAUCUCGAGAGAUUGGCGUUGUACAGUAUGUCGGAUCCGUAUGAACGAGUGAAAGGAGGGAGAUUGAGCUUCAAAGGAGGAACCCUCGCCACGCGCAGCAAAGCCAUCGACAAGAAGAAAAAGAAGAAGAAGAACAAGCAUAGCGACGGUCCCACCGACGGUGAAAUCGACCCUUCGAACCUCGAGCACGAGGCGGAGGCCUCCGCUGCAGACGGUGGAGAAGGAGUGCCAGGAGAGUCCUACACGAUCGACGCCGCGAAGAAAAUGAAGUACGAGGAGCUGUUCCCGGUUGAGGCCAAGAAGUUUGGCUACCAAUCCAAAACCAAUUUCAAGUCCAUCGAGGAAGCCCUUGAUGAUCGUGUCAAGAAGAAAGCUGAUCGUUAUUGUAAAUAAUUGUUGUCCCUUCAGUGUUCCGCCCAUCUUCAAAGUCUUGAUCCCUUCUUGUUCAGGGUUGUAGAAUGUUUUGAUACGAAUACUUCUCUGCAGAAAUGAAGGAAAAUAGUGGAGAUUCUUUUUAGCUAUCUUCUCAGCUAAUUUCAGAGAUAGGGAUAUAGAAAGGCAGGGCAAGGGGCUGCUUUUUGGAGAAUUACUUGAAACUGGCUUUGGAGGCCAAAUUUUGACCUCUUUGGGGUCUGCCGCAUUCUUAGGCUACUCGCCCUGCAUAUCUCCAGUUGGAUGGAUGCUAAAUAUCUGCGUUGGUGCGAUAGAGCAGUUGAGCAUGUAACUAACUUAUGGUCCUUCUGAAGCUGUCCUUGAAGGGGUUAAUUGAUAUUUUGCAUUAUAUUUGGAUGAGCUAUUGUGUUGUAAACUUCAAUAUAUUGUAUUUAGCAAAAAUUAGGCUGCUGUGACCAGAUGACAGACUACAUUUGGUAGGCCCCGGAACUAUCUGAGCCAUGGAUCUUUCUGCAUUUGCUUGAUCUUUACAAUUCAGUGCUAGGAUCCUUUUUUAAGGUUUACUUGA